AUGACCCUAACGCUGCUUCUCAUGUUCGGCCUGAAGCAGCCAGCUUUGGGCCUCUCGCUGCCGCAGCACAGGCUGUGGGCCGGUUGUCGCUUUGCGUCGCUGUCGAUGCUGGCCCGGCGCAGCCGCCGGCGAGGCCCCGCAGCGGUCCCACGGCCGCCGCGAGUGCUGCAGCGCAGCGAUAGCGGCGUGCCGGAGAUUGCCGCGUGCCAUCCGGAGCAGUACGAUAAGCUGCUGUCCAGCAAGGUGGCGAGCAUGGUGCAGCUCGUCACCGGCGCUGUCGCCGCCGGGUCAUCGUCGGCUUCCGAGCCGCAGACGACGGAGCUGCCCGCGAUCGAGGUGUUCGAGUCGGCUCGGACGAACUUUCGCAUGCGCGCCUCCUUCCAGAUCUGGCGAGAGGGCGCGGGGCUGCACUACGUCAUGUUCAACCGAGGAGACUCGCGCACGCCUCACGAGGUGAGGACGUACCCGAUGGGCUCUCCGAGGCUCAGCGAGCUGAUGGGCCCGCUGAUCGAGGGGCUGGCGGCGAGGGCGGAGCUGUGCCCAGCCGGGACGACGACGAGCUCCGCGAGCGAGGAGCUGCGCGACAAGCUGAACGACGUGCGCCUCCUCACGACCUCCACGGGCGACGCGCUGGUCACGGUCACGUACAACCGGCCAAUCGGCGGAGGCGCGUGGGAGGCGGCGGCGAGGGAGCUGGCGGAGGCGCUGGGCGUGUGCGUCGUCGGCCGGUCGCGCAAGGUAGUGAUCGGGUGCGAGACGGUGGAGGAGCGGCUGUCGGUGCCGGGCCGCGGCGAGUGCGUCUACUUGCAGACCGAAGGGGCCUUCACGCAGCCAAACGCGCAGGUGUGCAGCGCCAUGCUGGGGUGGGCGGUUGACGCGACGCGCGGGCUCGACGGCUCCCGGAGCGAGCUCGACUGCGGCGACGGCCGGACAGGCUCCGACCUCUGCGAGCUCUACUGCGGCAACGGCUGCUUCACGGUCGCGCUCGCGCCAAACUUUCGGCGCGUCGCCGCGGCGCGGGGUCUCCCGAAGGCUGGGCAUGUCCAUGAGUUUGUCGAGGCGCUCGCCGGGGGGCGCCCCUUCCGCCGGCUGGACGAGGCCGGCGUCGAGCUCGCCUCGCUGCACACGCUCCUCGUGGACCCGCCCCGCGCCGGUCUCGACCAGACGAGCCGCGCCCUCGCCGCAACCUUCGCGCGCGUCGUGUACGUCUCCUGCAACCCGGAGACGCUGGCGCGCGACCUCACGCAGCUGAGUGCGACGCACACCCUCACGCGGCUCGCCGCCUUCGACCAGUUCCCGUACACGCCUCACCUCGAGUGCGGCGUCACGCCAGCGCUGCCCUGCGAGGCGGAGGCCGCGGCUCGCCACCUCAAGGUGGGCGGCGAGGCGGCGCGGCUCGAGGCGUUCGGCCCCGUCGUCGGACCGCCAGAGGGGAGCGGGGAGGGGCGCGAGCCGUGGCAGAGGCAGCCUUGGGCCAAGCCCGCGUUCGCCGCCGUGGGACUCCUCUCCCUCUUCCACGGCCUUUUGCCCGCCCCGAAGCCGCCGCCGGCGCGAGGAGGAGGGCCGCGAUCGCCGCCUCCUCGGCUCAGCCUCGACGAGCCGCCGCCGCGUGCGAGCCGGAGGGACGCCACUUCGACGACGGCUGCGCUCCUCUCGUGCGCGCUGCUCGCUCCCUCCAUGCCGCGCGCCAGUAGUGCGGCAGAGUGCGACGAAGCGUGCGCGAGGCGCAUCGCGGAGCGGCGCGCGCUCUUUGAGCAGUCGCGCACGACCGCCGACCGGAGCGUGAUCCUCGAGCUCUCGCGGCAGCGGGCUGCCCUGUACAACACCACCUUUCGAGGUGCGUCGUGCGUCCCUGGGCUGCCGUGCUACUAG